AUGACUGGAUCUGAGAUGGCGAAGGAUAAGAAACAAGAAAUAGAAAUAACUCAGAAUUUGAAAGACUAUGAUUAUAUAGAUGCUCAAUCCGAGCAAUCGAGCAUAUUAAGCUACAACAAGCCAGUUCAUAUCCACGAGACAUCAGCAACGGCUGAUUUAUGCAAGACACAAUCGAAUAAAAAAGAUGAACCUAAUCUCGACAAUGCUGUUCCAUAUUCGCGUUUUGGUUCCUCCGAGAAGACGAUUCUCGUUUUACAAUGUGCCUUCACUGGAUUUUUCUCAACCAUUGCAGGUGCCAUCUACUAUCCUGUCCUAUCAGAAAUUGAGGAAAUAUUCCACAUCUCGGAAGAAUCUGUCAAUAUAACAGUGGUGGUCUACUUUAUCUUUCAAGGUAUUUCUCCAAGUAUCAUGGGUGGACUAGCUGAUACAAUGGGAAGACGUCCCAUUGUUUUAUGUUCCAUAGCCGUGUACUUCUGUGCUUGCAUUGGGUUGGCAUGCUGUCAAACCUACCCUCAAAUUGUUGUCCUGAGAUGUCUCCAAGCGGCAGGUAUAUCACCAGUUAUUGCUAUCAAUAGUGGUAUCAUGGGUGAUAUCACUACGAGAGCAGAAAGAGGUGGGUUUGUUGGUUAUGUUUCUGGAUUUCAAGUUAUGGGCAGUGCAUUUGGGGCAUUGAUUGGGGCUGGUAUCUCUAGUACUUGGAGCUGGAGAGCAAUUUUUUGGUUUUUGGCCAUUGGUUCUGGUAUCUGUUUGAUCAUAUCCUUCAUUAUCUUACCUGAAACAAAAAGAACUAUUGUUGGUAAUGGUUCUAUCAUUCCAAAAUCAAAACUUAAUAGAGCUCCAAGUUUAAUGGUUCCAUAUUUAAGAAAGAAAUUACAUUUAGACAACCCUGAUUGGGAAACCAUGGAACCAAAGAUUCAUUUAAAUUUUUUUGCUCCAUUUGGUAUAUUGAAAAAUACUGAAGUUUUCAUAUUAUUAUUUGUUUCUGGUUUACAAUUUGCCACGUAUACCACACAUCAAACAGCAUUAUCUACUGUAUUGAGCAGUAAAUACCAUCUUACAGUAGCUAAAAUCGGACUUUGUUAUUUACCAUCAGGUAUCUGCACAUUAAUUAGUGUUGUUACCUCUGGGAGAUACCUUAACUGGACUUAUAGACGUCAAAUAGCUAGACAUCAAACUUGGUUAAAAGAACAAGAAGCUAUACUCCUGGAACAAUAUAACAAUGACAUUGUUGAAGUGAAAGAUAUUAUGGAGAAUAAUCCAAAAUAUACAUUUAAUAUCUUCAAAGCCAGAUUACAGCCAGCAUUUUUUACUUUAAUUCUAAGUGCUUCUGGAUUUUGCGCAUUCGGAUGGUGUCUUAGUGUCAAAGCUCCAUUGGCAGCCGUUUUGGUGACGAGUGGAUUUGGAUCCUUAUUUUCCAACUGUAUCCUAACUUUCUCAACUACUUUAGUUGUGGAUCUAUUUCCAACAAAGGCCUCUACGGCCACAGGCUGUUUGAAUUUAUUCAGAUGCAUAAUAUCAGCUAUUUACAUUGGGUGUUUAAGUAGGAUGGCUGAUUCAAUGACAUACGGUGGUGUUUUUACUUUCAUGUCGGCAUUAGCAGCUGUAUCUUCGACAUUACUUUUUAUUCCAGUUGGUAAUGGGAAAAAAUUGGCAUUGAAAAGAAGAAAGCAGGAACAGAAAGCCUUGCAACCCAAACAAGAAAAGGAUUCAGCAGUCUAA